UGACAGCCGGCGUUCGCUGCGCAUGCGCUAAAUAUUUGUGACCCGCCUGCCAACUGUCAACUGUCAUUGAUAAUAGCACACAUAUAUAUAUAAAAUAUAUAAUGUUUGCGUAAACGUAAUAAUAAGAUAAAAAAGGCCUAAUGGUAGGAUGUUUGACAAAGUCAUUUCAGUUUGCAUUUGACAUGACUUUGAUGGCCGCAAUGUGUGGACGUAAAAGUAGAUAAAUGUGAGACGUUCAUCAAAACGAUAGUGACCUUAAAUAUUUUAUUUAUCAAUUGUGACUUAGUGAAUUCCAACUGCAAAACAAUAUGCAGAAGGAGGAGGAGAAAAGAAAAGUCCCAUCAACAUUAAAGACGCUUUUAGCGGUUGAUGCCUAUUUAACUAACAUUCUUGUUAAUUCGGCACAGCAAUUUUCAAUCUUGAGGCAAUUAGAAAUACAUUACAUGGUCUUAAAGAUAUCAUGUCAUGGCAUAGUGUGGCUAAUAACUAAUCUUGUGUUACUCUGGAUUGUAAAUAAUUCAAAUUUAUACCAAAUGCAAGUCAAUCUUUCAAUAGGUUUAUUGUUAAACAUUAUUAUAAUCGCUGUAUUGAAAGCAGCAUCAAGAAGAAGAAGACCUAAUGCUAACGACAAUCUGUUUCCCAAUAAAGACUCUUUCCCAUCUGGAAAUGCGGCACAUGUGGCAUUUAUCACAUACUUUUUUCUCAAUCUAUGGCCUGUACCUUUAAUAUAUGUGCCUCCGUUGUUAGCGUGGUCCUUUUCCGUUUGCAUGUCCAAGCUUCUGAUGAGAAUAAAUUAUAUAGGCGAUAUUUUGGCAGGCAUAGCUCUUGGUAUUUUGCAAGGUAUGCUAGUAGGAUAUAUAUAUAUGGAACAAGAGACUUGCACCCAUUUAGUUUGGUGGAUUACUGAUGAAAAGACAUCUGGAGCUGAGUAUGAUGUUUAAUAACAUUAUUUCUUAUACUAAGGAAUAUUUGUCCUUUGUUUUAUAUUAUUUGUAUAUAAUUAUGUGAUUGUAUGAGUGAUUAAUUAGAUAUUUGAUCAAAAUAAUUUGGUAAGACACAAGUAUACAUAUAUAUCUAUUUUAAUGUAUAUGAUAUGAAUGAAAGUUUGUGAUAAACACUAGUUUGAACAAAAAUUUUAUAU